UCCCGGUGUUUGGGCCCCAGUGGUAACAGCGCGGGGAGAAAUGGCCCUGCUGUGCUAUAACCGGGGCUGCGCCCAGCGCUUGGAUCCUGAGACCAACUCCGACGAUGCUUGCACAUACCACCCAGGUGUUCCAGUUUUUCAUGAUGCAUUAAAGGGUUGGUCUUGCUGUAAGAGAAGAACAACUGAUUUUUCUGAUUUUUUAAGCAUUGUAGGCUGUACAAAAGGUAGACAUAAUAGUGAAAAGCCACCUGAGCCAGUCAAACCUGAAGUCAAGACUACUGAGAAGAAAGAACUAUCUGAAUUGAAACCCAAAUUUCAGGAGCACAUCAUUCAAGCCCCUAAACCAAUAGAAGCAAUAAAGAGGCCAAGUCCCAAUGAGCCAAUGACAAACUUGGAAUUAAAAGUAUCUGCCUCCCUAAAACAAGUACUUGAUAAACUAUCAUCGGGUAAUGAAGAAAAUAAGAAAGAAGAAGACAGUGAUGAAGUUAAGACUGGGACCGCAUGUAAAAAUGGAGGGUGUUCAAAGACAUAUCAGGGUCUACAGAGUCUAGAAGAAGUCUGUGUAUAUCAUUCUGGAGUACCUAUUUUCCAUGAAGGGAUGAAAUACUGGAGCUGUUGUAGAAGAAAAACUUCUGAUUUUAAUACAUUCUUAGCCCAAGAGGGCUGUACAACAGGCAAACACAUGUGGACUGCAAAGGAUGCUGGGAAAAAAGUUGUUCCAUGUAGACAUGACUGGCAUCAGACUGGGGGUGAAGUCACCAUUUCAGUAUAUGCUAAGAAUUCACUUCCAGAACUUAGUCAAGUAGUAGCAAAUAGUACACUGUUAAACGUGCACAUAGUAUUUGAAGGAGAGAAGGAAUUUCAUCAAAAUAUGAAAUUAUGGGGUGUGAUUGAUGUAAAGCGAAGUUAUGUAACUAUGACUGCAACAAAGAUUGAGAUCAUCAUGAGAAAAGCUGAACCUAUGCAAUGGGCAAGCCUUGAAUUACCUAUAACCAAAAACCAGGAAAAACAAAAAGAAGAUAAAACAGAAUAAGCUGAGAAGAAAUAGAAGUCAUUUCAGAAUUAUUAAUAUGUGGUGUGUGGUGGGUUGCUGCUGUAAUCUUUUGGUUUUUUUUGAUGUUGUUAUUGUUGAAUCUGGCAUUUCAGGGUCAACAGUAGGUUUUUAAAAGCCAAAGUCAGUUUAUCUUUUUGUGCCGCCCAUUUUCCUUUUGAGUUACCUAAGUUUGAUUAUUCAUUUCUCCUCACUUAGAUGUAUUCUAUACUUGAAGAAGCUAGAAAAUAGCUCAUAAACAGUUAACAAUAUUUCUUAGUGUAAUAUUAUGUUAAGCCACAAAAUACAAACAUUUGUUCAGAUCUUCCUAUUCCGUAAUUAGUAAAACAAGAUGGAAUGUCAAAAUUUUAA